GAGAUCAGAAAAUAACAGGUUUUGCCGGAGACUUACAUUUGGCCUCAAUGUGAAAUGAAAGUAGAAAAUCACAUCUACAUGUGUAUUGCUGUCAGGGUGUUGAUUCAUUGGUCAUGCCUGAAGAGGGAAAUUCUGUUCUAGAUGGCUGACUGCCAGCAAAAAUAAAUACUUAUCCUAGAUGUCAAGCAUCUCUCCUUUUUACUGGAGUGAAAAUCCCCUCCAGAUACCAACAGCACAUCAACUGCAGAAAAUGCUUCGCAUUUUAAGGAUGUCAGCAACCUAAAUUCAUGCGCCCUAUCUGUACAGUUGUUGUGGAUGGUUUACCAUCUGAAAGCUCCUCAAGCUCUUAUCCAGGCCCUGUAUCUGCUUCUGAAAUGUCUCUGCUUCAUGCUUUGGGUCCAGUGCAGACCUGGCUGGGACAAGAGCUAGAGAAAUGUGGCAUUGAUGCCAUGAUUUAUACUCGAUAUGUCCUCAGUCUUCUGCUGCAUGACAGCUAUGACUACGACCUGCAGGAACAGGAGAAUGACAUCUUCCUGGGCUGGGAAAAAGGAGCUUAUAAGAAAUGGGGAAAGAGUAAGAAAAAGUGCUCAGAUCUAACUCUAGAAGAAAUGAAAAAACAGGCUGCUGUCCAGUGUCUUCGAUCUGCUUCUGAUGAAAGCUCUGGUAUCGAGACGUUAGUGGAGGAGCUCUGCUCCAGACUGAAAGACCUUCAGAGUAAGCAAGAAGAGAAGAUUCACAAAAAGUUAGAAGGGUCUCCCUCUCCAGAGGCAGAAUUAUCCCCUACAGCAAAGGAUCAAGUGGAAAUGUACUAUGAAGCAUUUCCACCACUUUCUGAGAAGCCAGUUUGCCUGCAAGAAAUCAUGACUGUAUGGAACAAGUCUAAAGUCUGUUCUUACUCUAGCUCUUCUUCAUCAUCCACAGCCCCACCAGCUAGCACAGAUACAUCCUCUCCCAAGGAGUGCAACAGUGAAGGAGAAGUCAUCAAGGAAAGGAGCAAUGAAGUAUCCACCACUGCACACGAGAAAACCCAGGGCAGAAGUAAAAAUGAGAAGGAGAACAAAUUUAGUAAUGGCACAAUGGAAGAAAAGCCUGCUUUGUACAAAAAGCAAAUCCGACAUAAACCUGAAGGAAAGAUUCGCCCUCGCUCAUGGUCUUCCGGCUCUAGUGAAGCAGGCUCAAGUUCAAGUGGUAAUCAGGGAGAAUUAAAAGCAUCCAUGAAGUGUGUGAAAGUAAGGCACAAGACACGGGAAAUUCGGAACAAAAAAGGGCGGAAUGGUCACAGCAGACUUUCAUUGAAGCAUGGUGAAAGGGCUGAAAGAAACAUUCAUGCCGGAAGUAGCAGCAGCAGCAGCAGCGGUGGUUCUCUCAAACAGCUGUGCAAACGGGGUAAAAGACCGUCAAAGGAAAUGGGGAGAAAAGACACCGGGAGCACUGAAGGAAGAGACCUGUACAUGGAGAGCAGAAACGACAAAGAAUAUAAAGAGGAACCGUUGUGGUAUACCGAACCAAUUGCUGAAUAUUUUGUUCCUUUGAGCAGAAAAAGUAAAUUAGAGACCACAUACCGAAACAGACAAGAUACAAGUGAUCUGACAUCAGAGGCAGUAGAAGAAUUGUCUGAAUCAGUGCACGGUCUUUGUAUCAGCAACAAUAAUAUUCAUAAAACAUACCUCGCGGCAGGUACUUUCAUUGAUGGUCAUUUUGUAGAAAUGCCUGCAGUUAUAAAUGAGGAUAUUGACCUCACUGGGACCUCAUUCUGUUCUCUACCGGAGGGCAACACAUACUUGGAUGAUAUUCAUCUAUCAGAAUUAACACACUUCUAUGAAGUGGAUAUUGAUCAAUCCAUGUUGGAUCCUGGUGCCUCAGAAACAAUGCAAGGAGAAAGUCGGAUUUUGAAUAUGAUUCGACAAAAAAGCAAAGAGAAAACCGAUUUUGAGGCAGAGUGUUGCAUAGUGUUAGAUGGAAUGGAGUUGCAAGGGGAACGUGCAAUAUGGACAGAUUCUACCAGCUCUGUAGGUGCUGAGGGCUUAUUCCUGCAAGACCUUGGCAAUCUGGCUCAGUUUUGGGAGUGCUGUUCAUCUAGCUCUGGCGAUGCUGAUGGCGAGAGUUUUGGAGGAGAUUCUCCAAUUAGACUCUCUCCAAUCUUAGACAGCACAGCGCUCAAUCCACAUUUGCUUGCUGGCAAUCAAGAGCUCUUUUCAGAUAUUAAUGAAGGAUCUGGUAUAAACUCUUGUUUUUCAGUGUUUGAAGUGCAAUGCAGUAAUUCUGUUUUACCGUUUUCUUUUGAAACACUCAACUUGGGAAAUGAAAAUACAGAUUCUAGUGCUAAUAUGCUUGGGAAAACACAGUCUAGAUUGCUAAUAUGGACCAAAAAUAGUGCCUUUGAAGAAAAUGAACACUGUUCUAAUCUUUCAACAAGAACUUGUAGUCCGUGGUCCCAUUCAGAAGAAACACGUUCAGACAAUGAGACAUUAAAUAUUCAGUUUGAAGAAUCGACACAGUUUAAUGCAGAAGAUAUUAAUUAUGUAGUUCCUAGAGUCUCAUCAAAUUAUGUAGAUGAAGAACUUCUAGAUUUUUUGCAAGAUGAAACUUGCCAGCAAAACAGUAAAACUUUAGGAGAAAUUCCUACAUUAGUUUUCAAAAAAAAAUCUAAACUAGAAUCUGUCUGUGGUAUUCAGCUAGAACAAAAAACAGAAAACAAAACCUUUGAAACUACACAAGUAUGUAGUGAAAGCAGUCCACAUGGAGAUGGCUACAGCUCAGGGGUUAUUAAAGACAUUUGGACAAAGAUGGCAGAUAGAAAUUCUGUAGCUAUGGUAGAAAUAGAAAGAAUUGACGAUGAGUUGUUUUCAACAGAUGUAAAUAACUACUGCUGCUGUUUGGAUGCUGAAGCUAAAAUGGAGACCCUCCAGGAGCCUAAUAAGGCAGUGCAGAGAUCAGAAUAUCAUCUGUGGGAGGGACAGAAAGAGAACCUGGAGAAAAGAGCUUUUGUUUCUAGUGAGCUAUCAAAGGUGGAUGGUGGUGAUUAUACUACACCCUCUAAACCUUGGGACGUAGCCCAAGAUAAAGAGAACACAUUCAUUCUUGGAGGAGUUUAUGGAGAGCUCAAAACCUUUAAUAGCGAUGGGGAAUGGGCUGUUGUACCGCCCAGUCACACAAAAGGAAGUUUGUUACAAUGUGCAGCUUCUGAUGUUGUGACAAUAGCUGGUACAGAUGUCUUUAUGACCCCAGGAAACAGUUUUGCUCCUGGUCACAGGCAGUUGUGGAAACCCUUUGUGUCAUUUGAACAGAAUGAUCAACCGAAGAGUGGGGAAAAUGGAUUAAAUAAGGGAUUUUCUUUUAUCUUCCAUGAAGACUUACUAGGAGCUUGUGGUAACUUUCAAGUUGAGGAUCCUGGCCUUGAAUAUUCAUUCUCUUCCUUUGACUUAAGCAAUCCAUUUUCACAAGUUCUUCACGUAGAAUGUUCAUUUGAACCCGAAGGGAUUGCAUCUUUCAGCCCUAGUUUUAAACCGAAAUCAAUCCUCUGUUCUGAUUCAGACAGUGAAGUUUUUCACCCCAGGAUAUGUGGCGUUGACAGAACACAAUACAGGGCUAUUCGGAUCUCUCCUAGGACUCACUUUCGCCCAAUUUCUGCAUCUGAACUGUCGCCAGGAGGAGGAAGCGAGUCGGAAUUUGAAUCUGAGAAAGAUGAAGCAAAUAUUCCCAUUCCUUCUCAAGUUGAUGCAUUUGAAGAUCCACAGGCAGAUCUCAAACCACUGGAAGAAGAUGCAGAGAAAGAAGGCCAUUACUAUGGAAAAUCAGAGCUUGAGUCUGGAAAAUUCCUUCCCAGGUUAAAAAAAUCUGGAAUGGAAAAGAGUGCUCAGACAUCACUGGAUUCCCAGGAGGAAUCAGCUGGGAUUCUGCCAGUCGGAAAGCAGAAUCAGUGUUUGGAAUGUACCAUGAAUGAAUCUCUGGAAAUUAAUUUAGAAAGCUCAGAAGCAAACUGUAAAAUAAUGGCACAAUGCGAGGAAGAAAUUAAUAAUUUUUGCAGUUGCAAAGCAGGUUGUCAAUUCCCUGCUUAUGAAGAUAAUCCAGUUUCUUCGGGACAGCUGGAAGAGUUUCCUGUAUUGAACACUGAUGUACAAGGAAUGAAUAGAAGUCAAGAAAAACAGACCUGGUGGGAAAAAGCUUUGUACUCUCCUCUUUUUCCUGCAUCAGAGUGUGAAGAAUGUUAUACAAAUGCCAAGGGAGAGAAUGGUAUAGAAGAAUAUCCAGAUGUUAAAGAAAUACCCAGUAAUGAAGAGCGUCUGUUAGAUUUUAAUAGGGUGUCUUCUGUUUAUGAAGCAAGGUGUACCGGAGAGAGAAAUUCUGGAGCAAAAUCAAACGGCUUCCGCAGAAAGAUGUACUCCAGCGCCAGCUCCGACUCGGGGGACACGGGCUCAGAAGGCGGAGGCGAGUGGGUGGACCCCAGCGAAGAGGAGCUCUUUUCCCGAACUCAUCUCUAAACCUGCAGAGUAGUACAAAUUAUUUUUUAAAAAUGUGAUGGAAAAUUACCCUUUUGUGAGGCCUGUUAAUCUAAAACAACCACCUAGGUUUCUUCUUCAAUUAACUGAUUCAGAUCAGUAAUUAUCUUUCUCUUCUUGCUUAUUUUAGAGUUGAGGACAGCUAUCCUGUUGAAGAUUUUUUUUUCCAAGCUGUUAAAUUCUUGGCUCUUUGAACUAGACUAGCUUGUGUUGUCCAGUCGAGAAUGGGUGUGCAUGUGCCCGUCUUAGAAGCAUCCCUGCUGUUUGCAUCUCAGCUGCAGCUCACCUUCCGACUGCGGCGUGUCCCCGUGACCUGACUAGCACUGCGGUGUCCGCAGCCACUCCUGCUCUUCAGAGACUUUAGCUUUGGGACAUUUAGGCUCUGUUCUCUAAGAACCGGGAUACACACACUUACCCCUGCAAUGGAUCAGUGCCUUUCUGAAGGCAAGAGGGAAGCAUGGGUGACUCAUCUACGCUCUUCAUUCAGUAAAAUCUCAUGUACAUUUGACGUAGGAACCACAAGGGUGUGCUUUUAGAGACUUAAAAAAUACUGUGUUUUCUGUCUUAGGAUUUUCUUCUCUAAAGUAUCAUGGAUGAUACUAUGGUUUGUGACUUGCUUGCUAACUGGAGAAGCCAAGAAUUUGGGGUGUGGGGUGGUAGAUGAGGAAAAGUGGGGUGGAGUGCCCCCAUCUGUUGUCAUGUUGCAGUUACAUUUACAUCAGAACACCUUUCAGGGUUAUGUGUGGUGAGUCCUAAAAUACUUGGUGAGGACCUUAGUUGCAAAUUAUGAUUUUCUGGUGACCUACAUUGAAUUGAAGCCCCCAAAACUUGAAAUUGUGAACGUUUGACUGCAAUAAAGACCACCUCAUCACCCCAAAGACACCUUGGCUGCUGCAGCUGGCUACUCUUGUGGCUGUGAUUUAGUGUAGCCUAGAUCUCAUUUUGUGUUUGAGAGAAUGUUCUGGGCAAGUUCUGUGUGUGGCGGGUUGGGGGUGGGUAGAGUAACGAUUUCUCCCAUACCUGUGUGAUUGCUUCAUGGGACUCGCUUUCCUGUUUCACUUGGGAACCCAGGGGGUCAGUCUAUCUCGACAAGUUCUGUCGUUCACGAUGAUCGCCCCCUCGAGCUUCCAUGCCACUGUGCGACAGGCUGAAGCUAGGGGAGCAAUAUCGGUAAAACCUAAACAUUUUAAAGUGUUUUUCUUUUUUAACCAACUCAUUAUUUUAAAAAAACCUAAUGUGUGAAAUCAGUUUAACAUGUCUGUAACAUCAGGAACGGCAGAAAAGUCUAAUAUGCACGAGACAGCUUCACUAAUUUUGGCAGGCAAUAAACACAUAUAAUUUACUAGCUGGGAGUUGAACUGGCUGAGAAAUAUAUGAUUUGCUUUGAGCAUUGGGUUUUGCUGCCUUUUUCUUAACUGAUGACACAGAAAACUCCAUGCCAGGCUGUGGAGUCAUCCCAGGUUCUCUAUGUCCUCACUGUGAGCAACCUGAUGGCCCGUUGGGUUUGAUCUCAGCACGUGUCAGGGUUUGUUUUUAUACAGCACAUCUUUUGACACUUUAAAGUGGGUUUGUGUGUGUGUGUGCGCGUGUGUAAGGUUUUAUGUUGCUGUUAUUUAUUUACAGACUUUAUAAGGUUUUAUGUAUUUUUCUUUCUUCCGGAGCUUCCUAAAAAUUGAUUAGCAUCUGCACUGAAAUAUAAUUUAACAGCAAAGGCAAAAAAGAAUUGGAAGUUGUAAAUUCCUAAAAUCACUACAGUGACGAUCAUCCUAGAAAUCGUUGCUUGUGUAGCAGAGACCAAAUAAAUGUAUUUCAGACACAACCUUUAGCUCAGUUGAUUUUGGACAGCUACUUUUUAUCAAGAAAGGGCUCCAGGUGGCAAAGGUGCAGCCUUCCCCACACUCUGGUAGGAAGACACUGCACAUUCCACGGGGGAAUGGGGAUGGAUUAUAAAUGGGUGAGGGGAUUAACAGACUAUGUAUUUAUUUGUUUUCAUAGCUGAGUGGCUGAAGCCCAGAGGCUUUCAGCAACAGAGAUGUAAGUGUGGUUUUUAGUUUUGUGAAUGGAUGAUCACAAAGAAAAAGCAUUUUUUAAAAAGUUGGCAAAACGCUGAAACGCACUGUGGUAUGAAGCGCAUUGCAUUUCCGUAGCACUGAGUAUCCGUUUUCCAUUCCUGGGCUGAGAUUUUUUCCCCGUGGUUGUAUUGUUCUGAUUUCACAUACACCAGAGUAACUGAUUUUUUGUUUUCUUGUGGAGUUAACACCAAAUAAAAAAUAUAAAAAACA